CUCGCCUGAUCAAUAACGCCACCGCAAUGUUGGGUUCGCCAUCUGCACCAAGGAAGUCAUUCAUGCCAGUGUUUUCCUUGAUCAAUGCGGCCCAUAUCAUGAUUCUUGCAGCUGUCUGGAAGCUAAAGCAAAGCGGAGGCGGUUACGGGAUGCUAGGACCAUACGACCAGUCCCGCGAGCUCGCCGCAAUCGACACCUCGAUUCAAAUCCUCGAGUUCUGCGGCCACAGAAAUCCCUUUGCGCGCCGGUACUCAAUUCUGAUCAAAGACCUCCAACGACAAUUAGUCUCCGGCCCCGCAGCUACGACCUCUCCGGGUUCGGAUUUGGGACCUCUCCUCUCCUCCAUGUCGUCUUCAGCCUCUAUAACAGAUUCCGAUCCAGUGGCAGAAAGCCCCUAUUUCCAGAAUCUGAGGAUUUCGGUUGAGCAGAGUAGUAAUGCACCUACGAUGGGAGCCUCAAGACCUUCUUUUACUGCGCAAACAUCGUAUACAUCUGAGAGUCUUAGCCUUGAAGGCUGGUCGCCGGGUCAGUUUGGGACGCUGAGUCCUGGGAAUGAGGAUCCUUAUGACCCUACAUCUUCCUUUGGGCUCCAGCCUGAUGAGCAUAAUUUCUGGAGCCAGAUGAAGGAAUAGGAUUUAGAUUUGUAUCUUACGUUUAAUAGUCUAAGGCGUUUCACAGAUUGUGAACAGCACGUGACUAAUUCAGCCCUAGGGGCGUUGCAUGAGCAGAUGUUACGUUGUGAGUCGUUAAUUAUUGAACUUCUGUUGAAAUAAGGAUUGUACUUUUCUACGCUUUGGUCAUAUGUGAACGACAAUAUGGAAUGGCGAUUAGUUACCGACCUAGGGUUAACAAUGUUGCUUCUUCCUCCGUCUUGCCAAUGGUGGGACAUAUCAGUGCUAGAGUAUUGAUAGUCUUAGGAUCCCGACUGAAGGUAUCCUCUACUUGCUGCUAUUUCAACCGUUGAUCUCGACCACCUGCUCGAGCUAUUAGCCAUCCUAGUCGUGUAGUGUCGGAGAACGCACUUUCUUACAUGUUACAACAGCUUUGAUUCCAAUUUACAACUAUAACUUCCAAGACCAUUUAUAAUAUCUC